GAAUCCCAGAUGAAUGCCCAAAUCAAAAUCAUGCUUCUGGACGGACUCUGAAUUGAUAUAACUGUUAUAAAUGGGCGUGCACUGUAGUGGAGCCUACUUCUCCCACCUCACCGUACCCUAUUCACCACCAUCACCAAUCACCAUCCAUUAAUCUCUCACCAUUUUCUCCUCACACAGCUAACAAUCCCUCAUUCUACAUUUUCCCAGCAAGAUAUUUGCAGAAAAUCUAGCAGCACGAGUGAUGAAGAAGGUUUGAACACACACACACAGACACACACAGACUGCUUUCCUAAGAAGAACAUCACACUUGCCGUUGCCGAUUUGAUGAGACUCUGAUAGACCUCUAAAUUGUGCGUGUAUGGGCUUUGAUAUAUUCCAUGGUCGGGAAACAUACAAAUAUAGGUAUGGAUAUUCAAGAAGGAAACUCCACAUUUGGGUCCCUCAGAGCCAUUACCUCUAGGAAUACGUCAUCUUCAUCUUCUAUGUUUUAUUCAGCAAAUCAGUCACCCUUCUUCUCUCCUAGAACAUCAUCCUGCCAUUUAUCAGAAUCUGUAAGACUUGAAGCUUCAAGUGAUAGCACUCGUUUAGAAGCUGCUGCUCCCCCUAGCACCAGUCUUGUUGUUAGUGGACCAUUGCCUCUAGGAAAUGUUAAAUGUACCUUAUCAGAUGUGCCUGCAUCUCCAGUUGGCUGUAACUCUGGUGAUCUGGAGAAGCUUGAUUGUAUAUCCUCCUCAGUUGGCAUAUCUGGAACCAGCGCAUCUAGCUACUGCCAAACCAACGAUGAUGCUUGUUCUGGGAAGAAAGAAAAGAGAAAAAAGAAAGGAAGGAACCAAAGAACCUCAUCAACUCCAGGUUCAAUUUCUUUAUCUUCUUAUGGACUGAAGAGUUAUGAUGUCUUUAUAGGGUUACACGGCAGGAAAGCAAGUUUACUUCGAUUUGCUAAUUGGCUCCGUGCUGAGUUAGAAAUUCAAGGCAUCAGUUGCUUCAUGUCUGACAGGGCUCGAUGUAGGAACUCUCGCAAGCAUGGAAUUGUUGAGAGGGCUAUGGAUAUUGCUUCAUUUGGGAUUGUAAUUAUUACAAGGAAGUCUUUUAAAAACCCAUACACCAUUGAGGAGCUGCAAUAUUUUUCUUGCAAAAAGAAUUUGGUACCUUUUUACUUUGAUUUGAGUCCAGCUGAAUGUCUUGUGAAGGAUAUGAUAGAAAAGAGGGGUGAGCUGUGGGAAAAGCAUGGAGGAGAACUCUGGCUUUUGUAUGGAGGAUUGGAACAAGAGUGGAAAAAUGCCGUUCAUAGCCUUUCUCGGGUGGAUGAAUGGAAAUUGGAAGCUCAUGAUGGCAAAUGGAGAGAUUGCAUAUUCAGGGCUGUCUCACUAUUAGCUACUAGGCUAGGCAAGAGAAGUGUAGCGGAGUGUUUGACAAAAUGGAAAGAUAAAGUAGAAAAGGAGGAGUUUCCUUUUACACGAAAUGAAAAUUUUAUUGGAAGAAAGAAAGAACUUUCCCAUCUGGAAUUUGUACUUUUUGGUGAUGUUCUUGGAGAUUCAGAGCGAGACUAUAUUGAACUUAAGGCUAGAACUAAGCGAAAGAACUUAAUUAUUGGUUGGGGCAAAAGCCAGGCGUUACAUGAGAGAUGGAGGAAAGGGCAAAUGGGGAAUGGCAGGAAGAAAGAAAAAGAACCUGUUGUAUGGAAAGAGUCUGAAAAAGAGAUUGAAAUGCAUGGAACUGAAUUUGCUCAGAGGUACUACCAGUCAAGGCUGAAACGUCGUGGAAAGUAUACCAGGCGGAAAACAGCUAUGAACACUUUGCAUGGGAAAGGAAUUGUCUGUGUGUCAGGGGAUUCAGGAAUUGGCAAAACAGAGCUUAUUCUUGAAUUUGCUUACAGACAUCAUCAGAAAUACAAGAUGGUUCUAUGGAUAGGAGGGGAGAACAGGUAUAUUAGGCAAAACUUUCUCAACCUUCGGUCAUUUCUGGAAAUUAAUGUGGGAGUUGAGAAUAGCUCAGAAAAAACCAGGAUGAGAGGCUUUGCAGAGCAGGAAGAGGCAGCAAUUUCUAGAGUUCGCAAAGAGCUUAUGAAAAAUAUUCCAUAUCUGGUGGUCAUUGAUAACUUGGAAAGUGAAAAGGAUUGGUGGGAUCACAAACUCAUAAUGGAUCUUCUCCCUCGUUUUGGUGGAGAGACCCAUGUAAUUAUAUCAACACGCCUUCCUUUGAUUAUGAACUUGGAGCCCUUGAAACUUUCAUACUUAUCUGGUGUUGAAGCAAUGUCUUUAAUGCUAGGAAGUGGCAAGGACUACCCAGUUGCAGAGGUUGACGCACUGAGAACAAUUGAGGAGAAACUUGGAAGGUUAACUUUGGGCCUUGCCAUUGUUAGUGCAAUCUUGUCAGAGUUACCUAUUACGCCAACCAGGCUUUUGGACACCAUAAAUAGAAUGCCUCUGAAAGACAUGUCAUAUAACGGUAAGGAAGGACAGUCACUGAGGCAAAACAUUUUCCUUCUACAACUCUUCGAAGUUUGCUUCUCAAUAUUUGAUCAUGCUGAUGGGCCGAGGAGCUUGGCAUCUAGAAUGGUUCUGGUAGGUGGAUGGUUUGCUCCUUGCGCAAUUCCAAUUUCCUUAUUGUCACUUGCUGCUGACAAUGUUCUAGAAAAGCAUCAGAGGGCUUUCUUCUGUACAAAAUUACUGCAAAUUCUAUCAUGUGGAUUUACAUCCUCAUACACCAAAAAAUCAGAAUUGGAAGCAUCUUCUCUGUUGCUAAGAUUUAAUAUUGCAAGAAGUAAUACCAAGCAGGGCCACAUCCAAUUCCAUGAACUCAUCAAACUUUAUGCUAGGAGAAGAGAAGAGACUGGAGCUGCACAGGCGAUGGUUCAAGCUGUUAUCAGUGAAGGGUCAAUAUCUCAAAAUCAGGGGCAUCUAUGGGGAGCAUGUUUUUUACUAUUUGGAUUUGGCAAUGAUCCUGUGGUAGUAGAGCUUAAGGUGUCAGAACUUUUAUAUCUUGUGAAAAGAGUGGUUCUUCCUCUUGCAGUUCACACAUACAUUACAUUCUCCCGAUGCACAGUUGCCAUUGAGCUUCUACGCCUGUGCACAAAUGCAUUGGAAAUUGCAGACGAGGCAUUUGUUACUCCCGUUGAUAAAUGGUUUGACAAAUCAGUUUGUUGGAGGUCCAUCCAGAGUAGGACUAAGGCUCAGUUGAAUCCUUGCCUUUGGGAGGACUUGGCAUUAUGUAGAGCCACUGUGCUUGAGACUAGGGCCAAGUUAAUGCUAAGAGGUGCACAAUUUGAUGAAGGGGUUGAUCUAAUUAGGAAGGCUGUGUACAUCAGGACUUCAAUUUGUGGGGAGCAUCAUCCAGAUACCAUCUCAGCUCGUGAAACUUUAACCAAACUCUCCAGGGUUAUUGCCAAUGUCCAGAUACAAUCUUCUUAGGUUUUCUAUCUUGUAAGAAAUUUCCUAAUUUACUCAUACAAAAGGUCUUUAAUAAUUAGCCAGACUCCUGUAUACUGUUCAAAACAUUUUCUGCAGCAUUUUGAUGAGAUGCCUUCCAUUUCAGAAUGUACAUAGCUUAGUUUGUUAUUGGCCCUUUAUAAUGCCUUCAUUAUGAGCUUCAA